AUGCCACAGGAUCAAGAUUCAAAUCUCAACCAAACUCCAGUAGUAGUUGAAACUGACUACAAACCUAGAUUUACUAAUCUGUAUUGGUCCAUUGACUAUAUUACUGGUUUAAAUAAUUUAAAGGCUCAGAGUUUCAAAUCUAUAAAACAAUUACACGAAUUAAGAAAAUUGGUGUUUAAUUAUAUGUCCUAUUUCCAUGCCAACAGCGAAUUUUUAAACAAAUCAAGUAUUGACUUAUUCCCUAUUGAAAGUACAUUCUUACCAUUUGAAUCACAGAAAAAUGGUACUACAAAAUCUACUGCUCCAUCAAGAAAUAUCACUCCUUUGACAUCUCCACACACGAAUAAACUUGCUCAAGUCAAGGAACCAGAAAAUGAGAUUAAUAUGUGUACUGCGUAUGGUAAAUAUAUUGAUCAAAUGUCACACGAGUCUACUUUAUUGUUAAAUCUUACAUCAAUAAUCGAUAGAGAUGUACUUGAAGAUAUCACUCAAUUCUUAAAAUAUCAUGAACCAGAAAUCAAUAGACAAUUUGGAAGACUAGAUUUGAUCUAUAAUGAUUAUUUGAAAUCUAGUAAAACUGUUGACAAAUUGAAAUCAAAACAUGCUGAACAAUUGAGAUUGAAAGAAUUUGCUCAGUCUUCUGGUAAUAUAGAAUCUACUCCAUCUAACAAAGAAGAAGAAGACGCUUCUUCGUCUUUCGAAGAGUCAUAUGUUGAUGAAGACUUAGAAACUGAAGAAGAUGAGGACACUGAUAAAGUGAAAGAAUUGCAAUUUCCUGUGGAAUUGGGUACUGUUGUAGUUUCUAGUCCAGAUGAAUUAAGAAUUAUCUUGAAUUUAUUGAUAACAAAAGUCCCAACUAUUCCUAGAAAAAUCCCAUUACCAGGAUACAAAAACCAAAUAUUCAGUAGCGAUUCCUUAACUUCUAUUUUAAUGAAGUUCCCAAUUAGAGGAUUAAAACCUUCUAGAGUCAAUUUAGAGAAAUUUGGUCAAGGUUUACUUGACUUGAAAUUCAUCACCAGUAACAAUUUCUUCAAUAACAAAAAAUUCAAGAGUGAAGGAUUAUGGUUUGAAUGGUCUGACUUGGCUAUUCAUUAUUCGGAAUUUAAGAAAAGCAAUUCACUGGAGACUUCAUCAGUUAAAGAUACCAACAGUGUCGGUACUAGUGCUUCAACUUCUACCACGACUAACAGAUCUUCUAGUGCAAUUGGUUCACCAAAGGCAAACAAGUUCAUGACUGACAUGGCUGAAACAACAACAAGAUUUAAUGCCAUGUUUAACAAUGUCAAGAGUUCAAUUAUGAGAACUAAUUAUAACGAAGUAUUGGAAGAUUUAGAAAUUAAAUACACCGAUGAGGUUUUAAACUUGCAAGAACAGAAAUUCUUAUUAGAGAAUGGAUUAUUUGAAAUUUCUAAAUCCUUGGAAAUAUUUGAACAUGCCAAAGUUGAAUUGAUCUAUAAAAGUUUAUCAAGAUUACUGGAAAUCUUAGUCAAGUUUCAAAAACUUCAAUACGACAAUGCAGAAAAAUUUUCCAAUGAUUUCAUUCACAAUAUCAAUAAGACUUCUAAUUAUGAUCGUGAUUUUAAUAAAACUUUAGAGAAUUUCAGUACUGGUAUUUACUUUUCCAGUUUGAUUUCAUCAGAUGCGUCUUCUAACCAAAAACCAGGAACUGUUACUGGGUCGACUUUCCAGAAUCUCAAAUACCAAUUUGACUUGUAUAAAGAUAUUCCAUUACAAUUACAAAAUAAUUUCAACCGUGAUAAUGAAUCCUUGUUGAGUAUUGCAUCUAUUCCAUACAUAUUAUACCAAACAAUUAAAAUCAUUGAAGAAAGAAGUAAUGAAAAUGUUGAUGACAUUAAGAAAUUAUGGUCAUCACCUAUAGAAUACCAAAGCCAAUGGAAGGUGAAACAAGAUUUGACUGAUAUUAUUUCUGAAUUCGCCCCUGAUUUGAAAAAUGACUUGGCUAAUAAGAAUUUGAUUGAACAAGAAUUUAUCAACCAAGUGUUGAACCAUUUGAAAUCUUUGAAAACCAACAGUGUCAUUGUAUUUAUUAAAAACUGGUUGCUUGAAAUAAGUGAUUCAGUUAUCCCAUUUGUUAUAUUUGACAGUUUGAUGAAUUUGUAUAAUGAAGAAGGAGAAGUACCAGCUGAAGAGUUAGUAAAGAUCCUUUCUACUAUUCCAAGAAGUAAUUUAUCGUCAUUGAUUUAUUUGCUCGAGUAUAUUAGUAAUCUAUUUGAACUUGGUGACAUUCCAAGUUAUGAAAUCUCAGACGAAUUGCCUGAUGAAUCAUUGUUGACAAAAAUUGAUGCUGAUCAAAUUAAACAGGUUUCUGAGCAAUUGAAUUCGAUGGACGAAAUUGGAUCAAUACCACUAAUGCAUUUGAUCAUACGACCAUCAAGCUCAAAGCAUGCAACUGGAUUCAAACCACCAUUAAACAAAUAUAAACGUCUAUUAGCAGAUUUAUUGAAGUUGAAUGUCCGUACACAAUUGUUGAAACAUUUGGUUGAGAAUGAAACAAAUUAUAAAUCCAAAAAGGAAGCAGAGAAAUUACAAGUGAAACGAGUAUCAUUACCUCCAUCCAAUACUGAAACUACACCAAAGUCACCAGCUAAAUUGAACCUUCCUUCUGUAAACCCACCACCACCACGUCCUGACAGUGGCGAAUUCACAUUAAGACCUUUUAGAACAAGAGCCACUCCAAAUCCAAGUCCUCAAACUUCACCAAAGAGAGAACCAACAGAACCAUUUACCAAAUCAAUAUCACCAACACGUGAAUUAUUACCACCAUCUGCAUCAAAUGGGAAAGGACACAAGAGAGGUUCAAGUAAUACUAAUUUUCAUGGUCCCAAAGAUAGAUAUAGAAUUUGA